AUGUCCGCAGAAAAGCUCACCGUCCUCAGCCGCAGCGCCGUCGCGCCGCCCGAUGGCUCCGCCGGCGAGCAUGUCCUACCCCUCACCUACUUCGACGUCGUAUGGAUACACUACCAUCCAAUCCAGCGUCUUAUUUUCUACCCGUACCCAUGCUCCACCGACAUAUUCCUGCAGAAAAUCGCGCCUAAUUUGAAAAUUUCGCUAUCUAAAACCCUCGCUCACCAUCUUCCCCUCGCCGGAAACUUAAUCAUCCCCAGGAGUUCAGAUCGGCUCGAAUUACGCUACUCUCAGGGAGACUCAGUUCAGGUAACCUUCGCCGAAUCGAAUGGGGAUCUGGAUUUCGGUCACCUGACCGGAAACAAUCCCCGGGAUUCCAAUCAAUUUCAUGUACUCGUGCCGGAUUUGCCCAACCCGAAGUCCGAGUUAGGAUUUGACGAAGUCCCUGUAUUAGCCGUACAAGUUACCCUUUUCCCUGAAACAGGGAUCGCCAUCGGCAUCACCAACCAUCACGCAGCUGGGGACGCGAGCUCAAUUGUCGGGUUUAUCAAAGCCUGGAGCUCGUUAGCCAAGCUCAGCGAUGGCGAAAACGUAAAGGUAGGUGAAAAUGGAAACCUUCCAUCUCCUCCCCUCUACGACAGGUCCCUGAUUAAGGAUCCAUCGGGCCGGGCCGACUUAUACUUGAACCAGAUGCGGGCUCUUAAAAUCGGGCCGCUUCCCCUCACAUCCGCAUCGAACAAAGUCCGGGCAACGUUUGUUCUGCAGAAAAAUGAGAUCGAAGCCUUCCGGAACUUGCUGUCGGCCCGUUACCCGGCCCUGGCCCACCUAUCGUCCUUCACGGUGACUGCAGCCUACGUGUGGGCCUGCCUGACCCAAGCCGAUGUGCCUGUCAAUGACGAUGAGCCCGAAUACUUCGGGUUCGCCGUCGACACCCGAAGCCGCCUCGAGCCGCCCCUCCCGGCUUCGUACUUUGGGAACUGCCUGGCAUUUGCUUUUGUGGAGAUUAAGCACGGUGAGCUGAGGAGUGAAAACGGGUUUCUCACGGCUGGGAAAAUGAUUGGGGAGCUUAUCGCGAACAAGGUGAAUAAGAAGGAGGAGUUGCUAAGAGAUGCGGAUGAGUGGCUGGUGAAGUGCUGGCCGUUGCUCGGCAAACGAGCCUUUUCAGUGUCGGGCUCGCCAAGAUUCGAUUUGUAUGAUGGUGCGGAUUUCGGGCUGGGGAAGCCCGUGAAGUAUGAGGCGGUGUCGAUAGAUGGGGACAGGUCGAUGUCGCUCUGUAAAUCGAGGGAUUUCGAGGGGGGUUUGGAGAUUGGUUUGUCUUUUGCGAGGGAGAUUAUUGAUGCUUUUGGAUCUAUCUUCUAUCAUAGGUUGGAGAUGAGGUAA